UUUAGCUCGUCUCACCGCCCCGAGGAGAGAGAGAGGGGGGAGUAGAGAGAGAAAGAUGCCGGCAGGUCACGGGCUAAGGUCGAGGACGAGAGAUUCUUUCUCUCGGCCGUUCAGGAAGAAGGGUACGAUCCCACUGUCGACGUACCUGAGGACUUACCACAUCGGAGAUUACGUCGACGUCAAGGUUAAUGGCGCUGUUCACAAGGGCAUGCCCCACAAGUUCUACCACGGCCGCACUGGCCGCGUAUGGAACAUCACCAAGCGCUCCAUCGGUGUCGAAGUUAAUAAACAGGUGGGCAAUAGAAUAAUUAGGAAGAGGAUUCAUCUGCGUGUGGAGCAUGUUCACCCUUCGAGGUGCACUGAGGAGUUCAAACUGCGGAUAAAGAAGAAUGAUGAACUGAAGGCACAGGCCAAGGCAAGAGGAGAGACUAUCAGCACCAAGAGGCGGCCAGAAGGCCCUAAACCAGGUUUUAUGGUGGAAGGCGCAAUGCUGGAGACUUUUACACCUAUUCCAUAUGAUGUGGUCAACGAUCUGAAGGGUGGCUACUAGGUUUCCUGCUUUUCGGAUUGAUCUUGUUUGGUAGUGCUUGUGGAGAAGUAAACAAUUAAAUUUUUAUUUCUGGUUUCCCUUCUAAUUGUCAGGAUUUGUGGUAUACAGUAUUACGAGGCACUGGUUUUAUUCAAAUUUUGCAAGUGGAAAUGAUGAUUUCUGUGAACUUUCUAUUAUAAUUUCAAGUAUUUGGAAUCUUUUCAUGCUU